UUCCCUUUCUCUCCUUUCUUCUUUCUUUCCUUAUUCGUUAUUCCACUGUACAACACAUGUAGCUCGAUAAUAAUAAAGCUAAAGAAGGGAUACGAUAUUAGUUGUUGUAUUCGUUCUAUGCAGUGAAGGAAAAAAAAACAACAAUAAUUAUGAAAUGAAUUUUUUCGUAGUUUAAAACCCCAAACCAUCAACAUCAAUUCUCACACACACCCACUCAUGUGCACCACCGGCAACAAUUCCCGGAGCUCCGGCUCCGAUUCCGGAUCCACCACCGACUGGACCACCGAAGCAAUCAACGGUGGAUCUCUUCGCCACGUCGAUCUCAACACCGGAACCAAUGGCUGGGCUUCACCACCAGGCGAUGUCUUUAGCCUCCGCUCUCAAAGCUACUUCACCAAAAAGCAAAAAUCUCCAGCCGGAGAUUAUCUCCUCUCUCCAAUCGGCAUGGACUGGCUUAAAUCCUCAACGAAACUCGACAACGUUCUUAACCGCUCCGAUAAUCGCGUUGCAAACGCGCUUAAAAAAGCUCAAUCGAACGGUAAGUCGUUGAAGAGUUUCAUCUUCGCCGUGAAUCUCCAGAUUCCAGGUAAAGAACACCACAGCGCAGUUUUUUACUUCGCAACAGAAGAUCCCGUUCAAUCCGGUUCGUUACUAGGCCGGUUCAUUGACGGAGACGACGCGUUUCGAAACCAACGGUUCAAGCUAGUGAACCGGAUCGUGAAAGGACCGUGGAUAGUGAAAAAAGCGGUGGGGAAUUACAGCGCGUGUUUGUUAGGUAAAGCGCUGACGUGUCAUUAUCAUAGAGGAGCUAAUUACUUUGAGGCCGACGUUGAUAUUGGAAGUAGUGCAAUUGCGAAUGCUAUCUUGCGCCUUGCAUUGGGAUAUGUGACGAGUGUGACGAUAGAUAUGGGGUUUGUUGUGGAAGCGCAGACGGAGGAGGAGUUGCCGGAGAAGUUGAUCGGUGCUAUUAGGGUUUGUCAAAUGGAAAUGGGUUCUGCUUGCACUAUUGUUGAUGCUCCAAGGAUAGGGAUUGCUCAGGUCAAUCACCUUGGUGCUGAUGCAACUGAAAAUCAAAAUCAUAAUCAAAAUUAAUUAAUUAAUUAUUAUUAUUUUAGAGUUAUUUUAUUUUUGUCUUCUUCAUAGGGAGUAUCAAUUAAUAAAUAAAUAAAUAUUUGAGUUUCGUUGGUUGGAAUUAUUUACUUGUGAUUUUCUUCUUCUAAUUUGACAA